AUGAAGGGUUCCGCCGUAGCGACAACGCUCACCUUGGGUGCGUCCGUCGCGCUUGCCGCUCCCUCCAUCCAGGCGCGUGACGAUAUCACCGCGGUCACUGUGAAGGGAAAUGCCUUCUGGAAGGGUGACGAGCGUUUUUACAUGCGUGGUGUCGACUACCAGCCCGGUGGCUCCUCCAACCUGGCCGACCCCAUCUCUGAUGCCGAGGGCUGCAAGCGCGACAUCGAGAAGUUCAAGGACCUCGGCCUGAACACCAUCCGCGUCUACUCGGUGGAUAACUCGAAGGACCAUGACGAGUGUAUGAAUGCCCUGGCGGAUGCUGGCAUCUACCUGGUGCUCGAUGUCAACACUCCCAAGUACUCCCUCAACCGUGCUAGCCCCAAGAUCUCCUACAAUGAGGCGUAUCUUCAGUAUAUCUUCGCUACUGUCGAUGCCUUUGCCAAGUACAAGAACACUCUGGCUUUCUUCUCCGGUAACGAGGUUAUUAAUGAUGGCCCCUCGUCCAAGGCCGCUCCCUACGUCAAGGCUGUCACCCGUGAUCUCCGCCAGUACAUUCGCAGCCGUAACUACCGUGAGAUCCCUGUUGGAUACUCUGCUGCCGACAUCGACACCAACCGUCUGCAGAUGGCUCAGUUCAUGAACUGCGGUAGUGAUGACGAGCGCAGUGACUUCUUCGCUUUCAACGACUAUUCCUGGUGUGACCCUUCCUCUUUCAAGACUUCCGGCUGGGACAAGAAGGUUGAGAACUUCACUGGCUAUGGCCUUCCUCUUUUCCUUUCUGAGUACGGUUGCAACACCAACAAACGUCAGUUCCAGGAAGUCGGAUCCCUGUACAGCGAGGACAUGACUGGUGUCUAUUCCGGUGGUCUGGUCUACGAGUACUCCCAGGAGCCCAGCAAAUACGGCCUCGUUGAGAUUAACGAUGGCAAGGUUAAGACUCUCGCUGACUACGACGCCCUGAAGUCGGCCUUCGACAAGACCAGCAACCCCAAGGGCGAUGGUGGCUACAACAAGACCGGUGGUCCCAAUCCCUGCCCCGCCAAGGAUUCCCCCAACUGGGAUGUUGACAGCGAUGCUCUUCCUGCCAUUCCCGAGGGUGCUAAGAAGUUCAUGAAGGACGGUGCUGGCAAGGCUGAGGGUUUCUCUGGCAAGGGUAGCAUGAGCGGUGGUGGUAGCACUUCCACUGGCACUGCCGAGCCCGGUUCUGGCUCUGCCUCUGGCAGCAGCUCCAGUGGAUCCUCCUCUAGCACAUCAGCAUCUGCUGGUGUCAUGAACAUCCCCAACAUUUCCCUGGCUCCUAUUGUCGUCAGCAUGGUGACUAUCAUGUCUACUUUCGUAGGCGCUGGUCUCAUUCUUGUUUAA